GCAGGCAGAGUCAUGAGAGCGGAGGCACCGCAGGAAGAGGAGGAGGAGGAGGAGGAGGAUGACUCUCGGGCCCCGUGCUGGCUUUGGCUCGGACCCGAACUCGAACCCAGAAGCGAAAGAAGCAAGGACUCCAAGGUCCCCUUGAGCCGGAACUAAAGAAAGGCGAGACCCCCGUCUUCCUGGCCCCCUUCUCGGGGACGCGAUGGGCGCCCACUCCCUCGGCGGCCCUGGACUGUAGGAUGGUGGCACAUGGCGGCCUGACGCCGGAGCAUGGGAUCUCUCCACCUCCACCGCCCUUUGCGCCCUGUGCGGCCCCCCGCCCAGCAGCACCCCGGGACCCCCGCUUCCAGACCUUCCGCUCCCAGGAGGACUUUGGGGCCAUCGCCCGCACUUGCGCCUUGCUGGAGGAGUGUGGCUUCUAUUGGGGUCCGCUCCCAGUGUCGGCGGCGCAUGAGCGGCUCCGGGCCGAGCCGGUGGGCACCUUCUUGUUGCGGGACAGCCGUCAGAACAAUUGCUUCUUUGCCGUCAGUGUCCGCAUGGCAUCCGGUCCCACCAGUGUGCGGGUGCUCUUCCGAGGCGGCCGCUUCAGCCUGGACGGCGGCAAGGAGGAGGGCUUUGAGUGUCUCUUCCGGCUGCUGGAACACUAUGUGGCCUCACCGCGGAAAGUGCUCUCGCGGCCCUUGCGCAAGGAGAGAGUGCGACCCUUGCAAGAGCUUUGCCGUCGCAGCAUUGUGGCCGCUGCUGGGAAGGAGGGCCUCGCACGGUUGCCCCUCAAUCCCGUCCUGAAGGACUACCUGGCGGCCUUCCCCUUCAAGCUAUGAUGAGUCGGUUGUGAAAACGUCUCGUGGAAAAGGUUCUCCAGUGGGAUGGAGAUUGGCCAGUCGCACGGGCAAGAAGAUAUGACGAGCUGCUCACCGUGCGAGCAACACACGUGGUGCCACAGAAAGAAGGCACCUUCUCUGGAUGGUUCCUUGGUCUUCUUUGAACGCGUGGAAGGAGUCGGGCGUAAACAAGUGUGUAAAUCAUGCGACACACAAAUUGUGCCAAGCAAGAUGGCACCUUCUUUGAUCGUCUUUGAACGUGCGGAAAGUUUCAGGCGUAAAUGAGUCGUGCAACACAAGUCGUGUAAUAGAAAGAAGAAACCUUGUUUGGAUAGUUCACUUUCGGAGGUGUCCAUCAUACACGUGUGGGUGACUUGUGCAAGGCAAGAAGAAACUUUGUCUGGGUGGUUCCUUGUUUUCAUAAACACACAGCGGUUUCAGGCAUAGACAAGUGUGUAAGUCGUGCAACACAAGAAGAAACCAUGUCUGAUCGUCCCUUGAGUUUUCAAACAUGCAGAGGUUUCAGGCAUGAGUAAAUGUGCAAAUUGUGUGUUGAGUGUGCGAGCUGUGCCGUGCAAGAAGGAACCUUGUCUGGAUUGCUCCUUGGGUUUUAACAGAUACGGAGUUUGUGGUGUGCACAAAUGUGCAAGCCAUGCAACACAAGAGACAUUGGAUUAUUCCUGGUGUGUUUUUUUAAGUAUGGAGGUUCCAGUCGUGCAUGAGUGUGCAAGCCGUGCAACACAAGAGAAAACCUCACCUGGACUCCCCCGUUUUAUUUAAACAUAUGGAUCACAACGGAGAUGUGUUUUUGUAGCAAUCUUUCUACUGUAUAUGAAGACUUGAGAUUUUCACAAAAGAUCAUGUUUACACAACUAGAGAGACUUUGCACAAACAAAGGCCUUUUGGGAGGCCUUCAUUGAUACUUGUCUGCUGUGCAGAACUUUUAUUAUGUGAUAUCUAUUUUUAUAAAAAGGGCAUUAAUAAGCCUUGCUGUAAAAGGAUUUUAUAUAUAUACAUAUAUAUAUAAAUCAAUUUUUUAAAAA